CGCGUGAUGUGGCCGCGCGCCCGCAGUUAGACCCGCGCCACCGAGCGAGGCACGCGCCUCUCGCUUCUCAUGCUAUAAGCCUUGUUCGGCGUCGCACUAUGGAGGGUUCCCCGCUACCCGAAGAUGAGGGCAUCGCCACCGAUCGUCGCCCCUCUACCGAUGAGCACGCAGACCUCUCCGAUUCCGCGUCUGAUGCCGGGUCCGGCGGCGGCAAGGACUCCGGCUGCGAAGUCGCUGCCGAGGCCAAUGAGCCCCCUUAUACUCCUCCUGAUGACGAACUCGCCGACAGGAUCGUCUCUCAAGUAGAGUUUUACUUUUCGGACGCUAACAUUACUAAGGAUGCUUUCCUUCUCAAGCACGUUCGGCGCAACAAAGAGGGCUACGUCUCCCUGAAGCUUAUCUCCAGCUUUAAGCGAGUCAAGCACCUUACCAAGGAUUGGCGGGUCGUCGCCGAGGCGCUCAAGAGGUCCACAAAGCUAGAAAUCAACGAGGCCGGAACCAAGCUGCGCCGAGUGGACCCCUUGCCGGCCUACGAUGAAACGACCCCGUCCAGAACCGUUGUCGCCGUCAGGAUGCCAAUCGAUCGUCCGUCGGUCGAAAAUGUGUCGAGAUUGUUUGCUAGUUGCGGUGAAAUCGCUCUAGUUCGCGUACUACGGCCCGGAAACCCGGUCCCGGCCGACGUGCGGCAGUUUCUAAACAAGAACCCUAGUUUGGUCAAUUGUGUAUGUGCCCUAGUCGAGUUUACGGAGUCUGAGGCCGCGAGGGAGGCGCUGCGCCUCCAGAGCGUCGACGAGACCGGAAUGAAAGUGUACGAAUUGAACGGAGUGCCGAAGGAGCCGAAGAGAAAAGCGCCGAUCAGACGCGCGCCACCGCGUCGACACGAGUGCGAGUAUUCCUCAUGUUGCAGCGGCUCCGAGGCGGAGUAUGACUACCGAUACGCUAACCCAUUCUAUAGGCGGAACUCGAGCGGGUUCUUCGCACCGCGCUCGCCCGAGAUCCAGACGUGGGUGCCCCGGCGGCCGUCCACUUGCAGCCACAGCUCCGAUUCGGGCGUGUCGUUCUACUGCGGCGGGUCGCGGCGCGCGUCGCAGGCCAGCACGGGCAGCAGCAGCAGCGCGGACGGCUGGCUGUCGCGACGGCUAUCGGGCUGUUCCCUGUCGGGCACCGAGUGCGGCGGGGGCCGACGGCUGUCGUGCGCGCCGCGCUUCGAGCCGCGAGCGCCCGCCGGCCCCGACGGCACGCGCGGCUUCCACGCCGCCGCGCGCCAGCGCCGCAUCUCGGACCUCGCGCUCUAUUCGCGCUAGAAAGCGCCCGCGCCUGCCGACCGUAACUCCUUUCUAAUCGCGUUGGAUAACUGCCUUUCACGAUCGCCGCAGUUUUUUAAUCUAUUUCGUAACUUAACGUGAUCGUAGAUAAGACGUUAAGUUUGUCGUCGGUAUUAUUAUUAUGGACCUUCCGAUUUUAUCUGUAUAAUAUGAAAAAUAUGUGAUGAGCUCAUUUAGUUUUAAGUCACAGACAGCUGUGUUUUGUUUAACUUGUGUUAAAUUGUAAUUUAUUAGAGUUAUUUAUUUGUAAUUUGCGUUAUUUAUUACGUCGUGAUGCGCGCACGCGUCGUGGUCGAGUUUUCGUCGAAACUGUGUCAGAGUUGUGUGCACAAAACUAUAUAACAAAAUCGACAUUCAGAGCGAUCGUAGACUCUAUCAUCAUCUGGAUUGUGAAGAUCGGCCGACAUUACUUUUACGGCGGAUAACAGAGCGUGAACAGAUUAUUAUUACGCAAGGCAAAUGCGAAUGGAACGAACGCAUGCUUCCAUGUGCUUAAAACUUAAGUAAAAGGCAGUGGAAUGAUACCACGCCGGUUUCCGUCCGCACUGAGAUCGAAUUGCACUUCAAAACUAUUCACCACGAUGCGUUAUGGCGGUACUAACCUUUCAAUACAUUUUUUACUAAAAAAUAAGUCAUUAUUAACUUAAGUCAGUCGCGCCAUGUCAUGUUACUUUUCGUAGUUUUUUUAAUGUUACUUUUAAGAUUUUUGUUGUGAUGUAGAAUGUAGAUAGAAGGUGAAUGUGUUCCGAGUUGCGUAACUCUACUUUCGUGGUCUGUUGUAUUUAUUUUUUUUCUUAUUUAGAGCAUACGUAACUGCUUGCAAUUUAAACGUUAUGAACGAU